CUGUUAAACGUUGUAAAUCAUCGAUUUACGGAGAGAUCGAAAUAUUUGGUCGCAGUUGGUUUUGAGCAACGCCCAGUUUAUGUUUGAAAACAGUGAUUUUUAUAAAUUGACAAGCUUAGGAAUAUACUACAGAAGAUUACCAUGUCCAGGACUACACAUAGUAUUGUUUGUUUGCUGCUAGUUCUAUGCAGGUUUCUCGGUAUGUCAUCAUCCACAGUGGAAUCAACGACUAUCACACGAGCAUCAGUGACUGAUGAAUCAUCAACAACUGACAAAUCAACAUCAGUGACUGUCGCAUUUACAUCGGUGACUGUCUAUUCAUCAACGGAUGACUUCUCAACAUCAGCAUCAGUGACUAUCGAUUCAUCAACGGAUGGCUUAUCAACAUCAGCAUCAGUGACUGUCGAUCCAUCAACGCAUGACUUAUCAACAUCAGCAUCAGUGACCAGCGAUUUAUCAACAGAUGACUUAUCAACAUCAGCAUCAGUGACUGUCGAUUCAUCAACAGAUGACUUAUCAACAUCAUCAUCAGUGACUGCCGAUUCAUCAACGGCUGACUUAUCAACAUCGGCGACUGUCGCAUUAUCAUCAGUGACUGCCAAUUCAUCAACGGCUGACUCAUCAACAUCAGCAUCAGUGACUUCCGAUUCAUCAACGGCUGACUUAUCAACAUCGGCAACUGUCGCAUUAUCAUCAGUGACUGGCGAUUCAUCAACGGCUGACUUAUCAACAUCAGCAUCAGUUACUGCCGAUUCAUCAACGGCUGACUUAUCAACAUCGGCGACUGUCGCAUUAACAUCAGUGACCGAUGAAUCAUCAACGACCGACAUAUUAACAUCAACGACUGACAUAUCAACAUCAACGACUGACAGAUCAACAUCAACGACUGACAUAUCAACAUCAACGACUGACAUAUCAACAUCAACGACUGACAUAUCAACAUCCAAGACUGUCGAAUCAACAUCAACGAAUGUUGGAUCAUCAUCAACGACUGUCCACUUAACAUCACAUAUUGUCGACUCAUCAUCAACGACUGUUGGACCAUCCACGACUACUAAAGGAUCGUCAUCGAUUUCUGAAGUUUCAAAAUCGACAAGUGGUCUUUCCAACACAUCUUCUAGUGAAAGGACUACCCAAUCGACACUCUUACCGAUCACGACUGAGUCGUUAGUGUCCUCAGUUAACAUAAGUAGCAUUCUGAUGUACAUAAGUGCCAAUCUGACUGUCAGUGGCGAAGGUUUGGCGUACAAUAUCUCAACCGAGCAGGAGCUUGUCCAAAAAUUUGUGACCGAGAUGAGCAUACUGCUAAAUACAACUGGAUUUAGAGGGAUUCGUUUAACGAAACUGAAUGAUUCUGAAUGGCUUGGGUAUACGCACAGAAGGAAACGAUCACUGACGUAUAUCGUUUUUCACUUUUCCUUGGUUUAUUUGGGUGGAACAAAUCUAAGUUUAGUCAAUGUAAGUUUACCCACGACAGUAAAUCUAACACUCUUGGGUGGAGUAGCGACUGUGCAUGAUUUGGAGCAUCUGAAGGUCGCUAUAAAGCAAGCCGAAAACAAGCUAAACGAAGAUGUGUGUUCGGUAUAUACGAGUGUGGAAAAGUGCAGUAAAGAGAGCUACAAAUGCACGCUUUCGGAGGGCAUGGUAAUAUGCAAGCAUGCAUGUUUUGACUACAACAGGUGCGGUGAUAAUGGAGAGUGCCAUUACGACGAUAUUAAGAAAGGCACCAUGUGCAGAUGUAAGGUGGACGAUAGACGAAGCUACUACACUGGUACGGACUGUAGUGUUGAGACGUAUAAGCUAGCUCUGCAACCGGAGGCCGUCAUUGGCAUCAGUGCGGGUCUGGGUGUGGCUCUACUGCUUGUGAUACUCGUGCUCGUGGUGAAGAUUAUCCGCAAUGGAAAGAAGGCCAGCAAAAAGGAAGAAAACUCAUACAAGUUGUCGGGUUUUGAACGGGAAGGCGAGUCACCAUGGGAACCCAAGCAUUACGACGACCUCUGGCAACACAGGCAUUUGGGAACAGACACCAACAUCUUUGAUGAGAGACCAUAUACGGCGACGCAGGACAACUUAGGAAAUCCGAUGUACAUGUACCGCCCUGAUAACGGAAGUGAACACCAAUAUUCGGAGCUCAAACCUGGAUCCUCUUUGUCCAGUCUCAAUUUACCUGAAACUAAGUUCGAAAUCAGUCGACCAAAGAUCAUACUCGGACGUUAAAAGGAAGACAAGCGCCUUUUUCUAAAACUAUGACGACAAGAGAGGCGUAUUUCGCGAAAUAUGCUAUGCUAUCAUACUUGAACAACGGUCUCAUUCAAACUGACACACGACUAUAUUUGAGUCUCAGUCCGUUGUUAAUGUUUUAUUGUCGUGUGCUGUGUAUAAGGAUCAUUUGAACGUUUAAUGUGUGUGACUUUGUUUGCAUAAAUUCAAUUUUAU